CAUUUUCUUCUCGUUCUCUCUUAUCUACUUCUCCUCACACUAAAAAAACAACCUAAUAAAAUCCUUACUGUCUUGUCGUGUCUAUGUAACAUGUCAAGGUCAAAGAUAUAUCUUUUCGGUGAUUCAAUCACUGAGAAAUCAUUUGCUGUUGGUGGAUGGGGUGCUUCCCUAGCCAACCAUUUCUGUCGAACGGCAGAUGUGGUUGUAAGAGGGUAUACUGGAUACAACACAAGGUGGGCAUUGAAGGUGUUGGAAAGGGUUUUUCCUGCCUCACAGGAAACUGCUCCUGUUGCUUUGACCGUUCUCUUUGGGGCUAAUGAUUCUUGUCUUCCUUAUAGAUGUUCUGCUUUUCAUCAUGUGCCUCUUCUUGAAUACAAGCACAACCUUUGCUCCAUUGUUUCCUUCUUCAAGAAGCGAUGGCCGACAACUCAUGUUCUCCUCAUAACCCCUCCUCCAAUCGACGAAGAUGCACGGCUUAGACACCCGUAUGUGGAGAAUCCAGAGGGUCUUCCUGAAAGAACAAAUGAAGCUGCUGGUAAAUAUGCUAGAGAAUGCAUUGCUGUGGCCAAUGAAUGCCGUGUUCCCGUCAUUGAUCUCUGGACCAAAAUUCAACAGUUCCCUAACUGGAGAAAAGAUUAUUUAAGUGAUGGUUUGCAUCUCACUGAAGCUGGUAGUCAAAUUGUUUUUGAUGAAGUAAUCAGAAAGUUGAUAGAAGAAGGCUUGACUCCGGAUUCCAUGCCGGUUGAUCUCCCGUUUUUAUCUGAUAUGGAUACUAACGACCCCAUGAAGUCGUUUGAGUAAUGAAGUCUGUGAUUGGAUUGAUGGAGCAGAAUGAACUGAGAUGAAAUGAAAUAAUUCAAAGGGUACGAAACCCUUUUUGGAUUGUUAUUUUGUUAUAACAAUCACUGAUACUUUAUAUGUCCUGAAUAAAAUAUUAUGGCAGAAGUUGAUCAAUGUUGUUGAUCUCAUUUAGUAAGAUUUGACUACUGUAAUUGAUUUGGAUUGUUUUUUUUUGAUAAUCAUUGAUUUGGAUUGUUAUUUUGUUAUAACAAUCUCCGAUCCUUUAUAUGUCUUGAAUAAAACAUUAUGGCUGAAUGUUGUUGAUCUCAUUUAGUAAGAUUUGACUGUUGUUGUUGUAUUCUCUAAUAGUUUAUAUGAAGAACUUAUCUUUGGAAAUGCUU